AUGCCUUCUGUGUCUGAUCUAUUACGCGAGAGUAAAUUGGCACAAGUUGCUAAACCAUCCUUAAGGCAUAGAUUAUCCUUCACAUUAAGGGGUUCACAUUUUCCAACGCAUCAAAUUAUUGAAACCAAACCAAGCUCUUUAGCCAGAAAUGAUUGGGGUUUGAAAAACAGCAUUCCAACUAACAAAUACCAAAAGCAGACCAAGUAUAUGGUUGUUGAACAAUUGGACACUUUAGAGAGAAUGACCCAAUUUGAAUAUAAUGGUGGUUCUCAAUGGAAUAGAAUCAGAUUUCAAGAAAUGGGUAUUAUACCUAAAUUUAACAUAGGCCAAAGAAAUCCCCUCUUUAAUUUUAAAGAAAAUAAAUUAAUCGAUGAAAGUAAUAGUGAUAAUAAUAUCAAUAGCAAUAACAAUAAUAGUCCUAGUAUAAAUUCUUGUGAUGAAACUCCUCGAAAAAAUACCAACACUUAUCGUAAUAGACAAGUUAUUGGCGAUUCCCAAUUAAGAAUGAUCUCACAAGUGUUAAAUGUCAAUAAUCUUACAUCACCUAACAAUCAUCAUAAUGGGAAUCAUGGUACUAUGACUAUGAAACAAGAAAAGAUUCAAUUGAAAUCUAAAUUAAAUCUAUUGCGUCAAUAUAGAAAGGAAUUUAAAGAAUGGUUGUUAGCAAACUAUCCUGAAUCUCUUUUACAUAAAAGAUUUAACUCGAUGGAACUGAAAGACAAGGCCUCACAAUUCUUACAAGAAAAAUUGUAUUCUAAAUCCAAAAAUAACCCAAUUGGAUAUAUAAAUGAUAGAAUCGUUGGUACUGGAGGUCUAACAUAUAACCUUAGCGGUAGGUUAAAGGUUACACCACACGGGAUACGAGACAAAGUUAUAGUGCCAGGUAGAAUCCUAUCUAAUACAACAAAUAGAGGUAUGAGAUCCUCCACACACGGUGGUAUGUAUAAUAAUAACAACAGUCACUCUAGUAAUAAAAAUAAUGUCAUGUAUAGUGCAGCUAUUGGUGGGUUCUUGGCUAAAGCUAAUUUCAAUAAUGGUGCAAAAAUAAGUUAUGGUAUGGGCAGUUUUCUAAGAGAAUUGGUGUUACCAUUUGAGGUUGAAAAUGUUACAAUGGAGCCAAAUGGUAGAAUCCAUAUGACUGCAUCCACUAUAACUGUAAUGAAACCAAAUGAGGAGACUUUAUCAACGUCAAAUCCAAAUAAUCGUUAUGGUAAUAACAACAGCCACAACCACAAUAAUAUGAACAUGAAUUUGAAUUUUAAUAAACAGAGUUUCAUACACAAUCAGUCAAUGGGUAGUAGAAGGCAGAAUUCAAAGAAAGAAAUCAAUGAUCUAUUGUAUACGCUAGAGAAUACCGGGAAAGACUAA